AUGGCUGCCUCAUUUGCUCGCCUGGCGGGCAAUGCCCCCAAAAAGCUCUGCCUUCGCCCCUCCAGCUUCGCCAGAAACACGGUUGUCCCCAGAUCACGCUCAAUAACGACGUCUGUGCCUCGUCGAGCGGCAGAGCCUACCAGCUACCAGGCUACUCGAUUGAUCCCGACCGACCCGAGCUUUGCACACUUCGCCAACAAGGGUAGUGAAAUCCCCGAGACUGCCGCCGGCCUUGAGUCUGAAGCCGAGGGUGUCGGCCGCAAGAUCCGCCACUACACCGUCAAUUUUGGUCCUCAGCAUCCUGCCGCUCACGGUGUGCUCCGAUUGAUUCUGGAACUCAAUGGAGAAGAGAUUGUCCGCUCAGAUCCCCACGUCGGUCUGUUGCAUCGCGGUACCGAGAAGUUGAUCGAAUACAAGACCUAUAUGCAAGCCCUGCCUUACUUUGACCGUCUCGAUUAUGUUUCCAUGAUGACAAACGAGCAAUGCUUCUCGCUGGCCGUCGAGAAGUUGCUGAACAUCGAUAUCCCAGAGCGCGCCAAGUACAUCCGUACGCUCUUCGGAGAAAUCACCCGUGUCCUGAACCACCUCAUGUCUGUUCUUUCACACGCUAUGGAUGUCGGUGCUUUGACGCCAUUCCUGUGGGGUUUCGAAGAGCGUGAGAAGCUCAUGGAAUUCUACGAGCGAGUAUCCGGUGCCCGUCUCCACGCUGCCUAUGUCCGCCCCGGUGGUGUUUCUCAGGAUAUUCCCCUCGGUCUCCUUGACGAUAUCUACCAAUGGGCCACCCAGUUCGGUGACCGUAUCGACGAAACCGAGGAACUCCUCACCGACAACCGUAUUUGGAAGGCCAGAACCCAGGGCGUUGGUGUCGUCAGCGCCGCCGAUGCGCUGAACAUGAGUUUCACUGGUGUCAUGCUCCGUGGCUCCGGUGUCCCAUGGGAUAUCCGCAAGUCUCAGCCGUACGACGCUUAUGAUAAGGUCGAGUUCGAUGUGCCUGUCGGUGUCAACGGUGACUGCUAUGAUCGUUACCUCUGCCGUAUGGAGGAGUUCCGCCAGUCUCUCCGCAUCAUCCACCAGUGCCUGAACCAGAUGCCCGCAGGUCCCGUGCGCGUUGAGGACUACAAGAUCAUGCCUCCUCCCCGUGCCGCCAUGAAGGAGAACAUGGAGGCUCUUAUUCACCACUUCCUGCUCUUCACCAAGGGUUAUGCUGUUCCCCCUGGCGAGACAUACUCCGCAAUUGAGGCUCCUAAGGGUGAGAUGGGGGUGUUCCUUGUCAGUGACGGUAGCGAGCGGCCCUACCGCUGCAAGAUCCGUGCCCCGGGUUUCGCCCACUUGGGUGGAUUCGACCAGAUUUCGCGUGGUCACCUUCUUGCAGAUGCUGUCGCUAUUAUUGGUACAAUGGAUCUCGUGUUCGGUGAAGUCGAUCGGUAA